AAGGACACAAUCAUGUCCACCUCCUUCGAAAGGGACGGCCCCGGCCGCCGGAACCUAACAAGGCCAACGUUCUUCACACAUGUUGUGUUCGUCUCUAUAAGUCUAUAUAGGUAGCCUAUCGAUUGGAUCGAGGCGCACGGCUGCCGACACACAGAUCACUGACCGAAAGGGGCAGCGUCGCCAGUCGAUCGCCGCCCAUGGGGAUCCUCCGGCUCCUGCUGCCACUCCUCCUGCUCCUGCUGCCCCCCGGCCUCCGGGAGUACUUCUCGCCGGCGAUCAACCCCGUGCCGGAGCAGGAUGGUAGUAGCAGUGCUGCUGCUCCUGCUCCCGGCGGCGGCGUCGUCCUCCACCCGAUGGUGCUGGUGCCCGGGUUGACCUGCAGCGAGCUGGAGGUGCGCCUCACGGACGCCUACCGCCCGACCCUGCCGCACUGCGGCGCCAUGAAGGGCAAGGGCUGGUUCGGGCUCUGGGCCAACUGCUCCGACAUCCCCGCGCACCACUACGUCCCGUGCUUCAUGGAGCAGAUGAGCCUCGUCUACGACCCUGCCGCCGGCGACUACCGGAACCUGCCUGGCGUUGAGACGCGCGUCCGCAACUUCGGCUCCUCGCGGGGCUUCCAGAGGAACCCAGAGCACACGGACUGGUGCUUCGAGAUCCUCAGGAAGGAGCUGGAGAGGAUCGGGUACCGCGACGGUGACACCCUCUUCGGGGCGACCUACGACCUCCGCCAUGCCCCGCCGGUGCCCGGCCAGUCAUCCGAGGUCUUCACCCGCUACUUCCGGCAGCUGACGCGCCUCAUCGAGGACGCGAGCAGGAGGAAUCAGGGCAGGAAGGCCAUCCUCUUCGGCCACAGCUUCGGUGGAACGGUGGCGCUGGAGUUCGUGCGGAGCACCCCGAUGGCGUGGCGAGACCGGCACAUCAAGCACCUCGUCCUCGUCGCGCCGCUCCCGGCGGGAGGAUUCGUCAAGACGGUGCAGUACUUCGCGUCCGGGUCGGAUCUCCUCUUUGUCCCGGGAGUCGACCCGCUGACCCUCACCCUGCGGCCCAUGUGGCGGACCUUCGAGUCCGCCAUCGUCAACUUCCCGGCGCCGGCGGUGUUCGGGCGCAAGCCGCUCGUGAUCACCAAGGACCGGAACUACUCCGCCCACGACAUGGAGGACUUCCUCGCCGCCACCGGUUACGGCGCCGCCGUGGAGCCAUUCAGGAGGCGGGUAGUCCCCAAGAUGGGCUAUUUUCAGGCGCCCAUGGUGCCAACGACGUGCCUCAAUGGGGUGGGGAUCGAGACGCCGGAGCAGCUUGUGUACUGGGAUGGCGACUUCGACGCGGACCCGGAGACGGUGAACGGCGACGGGGACGAGGACAUCAAUCUGGCCAGCAUGCUGGCAUUCGAUGAGCAGAUGCGCCAGCAGCCGGAGCAGAACAAGCUGUUCAAGACGAUCAAGCUUCAUGGAGCUAAGCACGGUACGAUUGUGACGGAGGACUGGGCGCUGAAGAGGGUCGUGCAGGAAAUCCUUGAAGCCAAUCGUAUCUAGGGCUCUAGGCGAUCAUAAAAGAAGAAUCUAUAUAGUGGGCUAGCUAGAUGAUUGGAUCUUUAUUAUCAUCCAAUUAUCUGCAGUGUUUGGACUUGCACGCAUAGUAAAUUUCUUUUUGCUCGUUCGAAUUCGCGAAAACAUGAUGCAGUAGUUCAGCUCUCUGUUGAGCCAGUACAUUUGUUUUUGAUCAAAUUGCAGUUUAGCUCUUCCUGUACUCGUAGGAUUGUCUUACCUAGCCCUAGCUUUUAACUUCUUGCAGAUUAUAUAUAUUUUUUUCAUCUUUAUAAACGUGCAA